AUCUGCUGCCGACAGCUGUGGGAUUUUGAUGGAUAAUUGAUGGAUUUUACGUAGCUUAGUGCGCAUACGCUUGAAAUCAAAUUAAUUGGGCUGUGGUACUUUGUGGUAUGGGUUACAGUGAGUAAAUGGAAUGCUUUUCGAUGAGAGAUGUGAUGUUGACGAUGGAUCAUCUAUCGGAAUGUCGAUACCUCCCUUCCUGGCGGCUGGCCUAACCCUCAGCCUCGUUUUACUUGGAAUCGUAGCUUACUUCAGCUACCGAUGGCUGGUGCAGCGGCUGCAGUCAUCAACCAAACCCUCAGAGCAACAGGACCCCGAGCAGUCCACCUCCAGUGGUCAACAGCAGUCUCCUGAUUGUAAGCUAACAUCUACUGAGCAAAGAGAAGACUCAUUCAGCAAGGAAAUGGGAGCUGAUCCACAGAAAUCACCCACGGGGAGUACUACUCCUUCGGUCAAGAUAAGUCAUAGCCUUCCAGAUAUAAAGGAAGAGGUGAAUAAGGAAUGGACAGAUGUAAACAGGAAAGUGGCUCCACCUCGUCAGACAACACUCCCCACGGUUCCAACAAGGCACCAAACCUUUCAGAGACAACUGUCGCAUAGGCUAGACCUAUCCGAUGUUCCAUUUGAAGUGUGCAACAUUCCACAGCGCGAAAGCCAUGCCAUUGGGAAGAUCCGACCAGAGCUGUACCAAGCGGAAAUGAUGAGACAGUGGUCAGCAGACAGCGGUGCAGACCUCUUGGGUGAUGGCAAUGAACAAGGGGCAGCAUGUGGGAAACUGCAGUUCACAUUGCGCUAUGACCACGACGUAGAGGGCCUAAUAGUCAGGGUUCUCCAGGCUCAUGACUUGCCGGCUAAAGAUUUUUCUGGCACUUCAGACCCAUACAUCAAGAUCUAUUUGCUUCCAGAUAGAAAGAAAAAGUUCCAGACUCGUGUUCACAGGAGAAACCUCAACCCAGUAUUCAAUGAGACUUUCGUCUUCGGAGUGCCAUACGAACAGCUAAGGUCAAGAACGAUUCAAUUUUCGGUUUACGACUUCGACCGUUUCUCGAGACAUGACCUUAUUGGCCAGGUGCUUGUUCGGGGAUUACCUGAGCUCUGCGAUAUUGGGCAUGACGUGGAAUAUACAAUGGACAUACUCGGAGUGCCUCAG